AUGGAUUAUUCAGAUCAUACCUUUGCCCGGCCUCCCUUGCCAUCGGAUUUCUCUUACUUUCUGCCGAUGACUUUACAGAGAUCAAAUCCAUCCGAUAAAUCUGAUCCAUUACAGAGACUUGAAGUUGAAACCACCUCCACCACCUCGGUUCCCAUUUCGUUCCCAUACUAUUACAUAGAUGAGAACAACAACUCAUUCGACACCUUUAACUUGUUGAACGACGGUACCAAUAGCCAGGAGGCACCCAAAUACACCAACACUACACAUAAUAUCCAAACCGAACAGAAUGCUACGGUAGGAGGAUUGCAGGUUAAAAAGGGUACUGCCAGUUCUGACUCCCAUACCAAAUUAAAGCAGUUGUCGGACGAAGCAUUCAACCCGGUCCCCAGCAGGUUUUCACAAUUCAUCACCGAACAGCAGCAAGCCGAUGAUUUGUCACUGAACACAACAUCCAUUGGUAGCUACUCCGACGGUCCAAUUCCUCGUUCUCGUAAGGGUAAAUCGUACUCAACCACCAUGUCAAAAAACAAAAUGUCUUCCUCAAUAUCACAAGGAAGAGCAUCAAAGGACUUGAGAAGAGAAAUAUCUCAGUCCAUGGAAUCUCAGGCCACCAUUUUCUCCACGAGGCAAGAUGAACAACCACCAUCUACGCUGAAAACCGUCUACAGAACCAGUAGUUCUGCCUCGACUUUAAGCAGGAGAAAAGCCAUCCGAUUCAAAGAGGGAAGUUUCAUCUACAGAAUGAGGUUGCGUCUCAAAAAGCUUUUGAAGAAGUUCAAACAAUUGAAGUUUAAGAUCCCGGUUUCUUCCAAGAGGACUGGUAACAACAGUAUCAAGAGACUGAGAACUAAGGGUAGAACUCUCAAGAGAAAGUUCAGAGCCAAUCCUAAGAACAAAGCCGCUAGACGUUUCAUGAAUAUUUCAGCUCCUAUUAAUAAUCCUUCCUUAGGAAGAGGUAAUGCUACCAAAGUCAAUGGCUUGGAUGAUGGCUUGAAGUAUGAAGCAGGUGCACCAAAAGAAAACGUCAAUAUGGGUAGCAGGGAUAUGAAGAUGAACCACUUAUCUCUGUACAUUGAUCAGCAACAAGGAUUGUACUUGAACAACAUGGACCAAAAGUCAGAAUCCAUGAAUUAUGGAAGAACCCCAUCGAUUGCAGCCAAUACCAAUAUUAACACCAUCGAUGGAAUCGAAGAGAUUCCCGUGAGCGAAUAUUCCAGCAUUCCUCCUCCAGUUCCUAAACAUGGGAACCCUCAAACUGUCCUUGGUAGCUACGAUGACUUAAUUUCAUUGUGGAGACGGUACUUGGCUCAUGUGGUGCUGAAGAGAAUCCAGUUGAGACAAGAGAUCACUUACUUCCAGGAGAUGUUGGUGGGACAAGAAUUAAAGUCUGGUAAGACCAGUACUCAACUGAGAUUGAGUAGCAUCUACAACAUUGAUGAAGGAGAUGACGAAUAUGAUGAUGAAGAGGAAGAGGAUUAUGAAGACAAUGAACUUGUUUCUGACACCGUCUCUGAAACUGGAACUAUUGAAUCUUCCUCGUAUGUAACCACGUCCCUUAGUUCAAAGUCGGAGGCAUAUAGCGAACAGCAAAUGAUCAAAUCAUACAUUCCUGAUGCCACUUCUGAGAAAUUCAACAGGAAAUUCAACCGUCAAUCAGUCUUGAGUGAAAUGCUUGAUUACGAAUCUUCGGAUUCAGAGCUGCUGACUACAACUUCUAUAUCAGAUCAAACCUCACCAAGCUACAAAUCUACUUUGAAGUACACAAAUAGUUCAACCCAAGCCAGCUUAGAGAUUGGGAGACAAUAUAGCAUCAAGAAGAAGCCAUUGAUCCGAUCGUUAAGUUCAAUGUCUUCUCAUCACCGAGGAAAUAGCCCCAUGAGAAGAUCAGUGGGAUAUCAAAUGGAAUUAAACAUGGCACAUUAA